GUGUCCCAGGCCCAGCUGUGGCACCAGGGUAACGAGCACUUCGGCAGGUCCUGGGGUCCAGGUGACGUGGUGGGCUGUAUGGUCGAUCUGAACGAACACACGAUGAUGUUCACCCAUAACGGAGAGGUGCUCCUGGACCACUCAGGGUCGGAACUGGCCUUCAAGGACUUUGAGGUUUGGGAAGGUUUCAUCCCGGUGUGCAGCCUGGGUGUUUGCCAGGUUGGGAGGAUGAACUUUGGUAAGGACGUGAGCACGCUGAAGUACUUCACCAUCUGUGGUCUGCAGGAAGGCUACGAGCCCUUCGCCGUCAACAUGAACAGAGACCUCACCAUGUGGCUCAGCAAGAGACUGUCUCAGUUCAUCCCUGUACCUCCGCAGCAUGAACACAUUGAGGUCACGAGGAUGGACGGCACCGUGGAGACUUUCCCGUGUCUCAAGGUCACCCAGAGGUCGUUCGGCUCCCAGAACAGUAACCCAGACAUCACCUUCUAUCGCCUCAGCAUGCCUAUAGAGUGUAACGAGGUGCUGGCCAAGUCACCUGGCGGGACGCUACAGUCUGGCGGGGGCUUCUUCUCCUCUAAGAAAGACCUGGACGACUUUGAGACCGUGUCCGACUUCGAGGUGUUGACGAAGUCUGCCCACUGCACCCUGGGCUCCAGCCUGGACAAGGAGAAGGACCAGUUCAACAACCACAAGGACUACAACCAGGAGAAACCCUCCGCGUUAAAGCAGAGAUUCAUGUUGAAGAGGACCAAGCCAGAGUUUACCAGCAGUAACUCUUCGGCCCGUCUAUCAGAGGAGGUGUUAGCUGAUAGAGAUGACCUUGACUUCUUCAUGCAGACCUCCACUUACUACUACUCAGUGAGGAUCUUCCCUGGUCAGGAGCCCAGCAGUGUGUGGGUUGGCUGGGUGACCUCUGACUUCCACCAGUACGACAUGGCCUUCGACCUCCAAAAGGUCCGCACCGUCACCGUAACCCUGGGAGACGAGAAGGGCAAAGUUCACGAGAGCAUCAAGCGUAGUAACUGCUACAUGGUGUGGGCUGGAGAGAGUACGAGUCCUGGUCAGGGUCGGAACAACAACGGUCUGGAGAUUGGAUGUCUGGUGGACACAGUUAACGGACUGCUAACCUUCACUGCCAAUGGGAAGGAGCUCAGCACGUACUACCAGGUGGAGCCCAGUACCAAGCUGUUCCCUGCUGUCGCUCAGGCCACCAGCCCCAGCAUCUUUCAGUUUGAACUAGGACGUUACUAGAACGUCAUGCCCCUGUCAGCGGGACUGUUUAAGAGUGAGAGGAGGAACUCCAGUCCCCAGUGUCCUCCCAGGCUGCAUGUCCAGUUCCUGACCCCGGUGCUGUGGAGCAGGGUGCCCAACCACUUCCUCAAGGUGGACGUAUCCCGGGUCAACGACCGCCAUGGCUGGCUGGUCACCUGCUCUGAACCGCUCCAGUUCAUGUCCCUGCAUAUACCUGAGGAGAACAGGUCAGUUGAUAUCCUGGAGUUGACUGAGCAGAAGGAUCUGUUGAAGUUCCACUACCAUACUCUGAGGUUGUACUCUGCUGUGUGCGCUCUGGGGAACAACCGUGUGGCCCACGCCCUCUGCUCCCACGCCGACGAGGCACAGCUGCUCUACGCCAUAGAGAACAAGUACAUGCCUGGUCUCCUCAGGACUGGAUACUACGACCUGCUCAUAGACAUCCACCUCAGUACCUAUGCAACGGCGCGUCUCAUGAUGAACAAUGAAUACAUCGUCCCCAUGACGGACGAGACCAAGUCCAUCACUCUGUUCCCCGACGAGACCAAGAAGCACGGCCUGCCAGGGAUCGGCCUGAGCACCUCUCUCCGCCCCAGAAUGCACUUCUCCUCCCCCUCCUUCAUCUGCAGCGGAGCCGACUGCUUCCAGUUCAGCCCCGAGUUCCCCCUGGACGUCCUGAAGACCAAGACCAUAGAGAUGCUGACGGAGGCGGUGAGCGAGGGGAGUCUACACGUCAGAGAUCCUAUAGGGGGCAGCACCGAGUUCCUGUUCGUUCCUCUCAUUAAGUUGUUCUAUACCUUACUGAUCAUGGGAGUGUUCCAUAACGGAGACCUGAAGAACAUUCUACAGCUGAUAGAACCCAGCGUGUUCUCAGAGGGAAGGGACACGCCCACGGACACGCCCACGGACACGCCCGAGAGUGAUGUCACUAAGGGAGGAAGAGGAGGGGAGGGGCCUGGAGGAGAGGAGAGGACAGGGAAGGUGCCUAAAGGACUGCUCCAGAUGAAACUCCCAGAGCCUGUCAAACUGCAGAUGUGCCACCUGCUCCAGUACCUGUGUGACUGUCAGGUGCGCCACCGUAUCGAGGCGGUGGUGGGCUUCAGCGAUGACUUCGUGGCUCAUCUCCAGGACAACCAGCGGUUCCGUUAUAACGAGGUCAUGCAGGCGCUCAACAUGUCGGCUGCCCUGACUGCCAGGAAGACCAAAGAGUUCAGAUCUCCUCCUCAGGAACAGAUCAACAUGCUGCUGAGCUUUAAGGACGAGAAGGUGGACUGUCCCUGUCCAGAACACAUCAGAGAACAGCUUGUAGACUUCCAUGAGGACCUGAUGACACACUGUGGUAUUGAGUUGACCUUGAAUUCAUAUCUUAACGGUAUUAAACCCAGUAGUGAGUUGACCUUGAGAGGAAGACUCAUGUCUCUGGUGGAGAAGGUGGUCUACCUGAAGAAGAAGAUGACUUUCACUGCAGCCAAGAAGAAAGAUAAGAAACCCAGCACGUUGCAGCAGCUGAUCAGUGAGACCAUGGUACGCUGGGCCCAGGAGAGCAUCAUGGAGGACCCAGAGCUGAUCAGAGCCAUGUUUGUCCUACUCCACCGUCAGUACGACGGCAUCGGGGGCCAGGUCCGGGCCCUGCCCAAGGCCUACACCAUCAACUCAGUCUCCGUGGAGGACACCAUCAAACUGCUGGCGUCACUGGGACAGAUCAGAUCGCUGUUGUCUGUACGCAUGGGGCGUGAGGAGGAGAAACUGAUGAUCAGAGGGCUGGGAGACAUCAUGAACAACAAGGUGUUCUACCAGCAUCCUAACCUGAUGAGAGCUCUGGGAAUGCAUGAGACUGUCAUGGAGGUGAUGGUUAACGUCCUGAGUGGAGGGGAAUCCAAGGAAAUCACCUUCCCUAAGAUGGUGGCCAACUGCUGUCGUUUCCUGUGUUACUUCUGUCGCAUCAGUAGACAGAACCAGAAAGCCAUGUUCGACCACCUCAGCUACCUGCUGGAGAACAGCAGCGUCGGGCUUGCGUCUCCCUCCAUGCGAGGCUCUACUCCACUAGAUGUGGCCGCUGCCUCUGUGAUGGACAACAACGAACUGGCUCUGGCCCUGAGGGAACCAGACCUGGAGAAAGUGGUGCAGUACUUGGCUGGCUGUGGUCUCCAGAGCUGCUCCAUGCUCGUGUCUAAAGGAUACCCUGACAUCGGCUGGAACCCCGUCGAAGGAGAGAGAUACCUCGACUUCCUCCGCUUUGCAGUGUUCUGCAACGGUGAGAGUGUGGAGGAGAACGCUAACGUGGUGGUGAGGCUGCUGAUUCGUCGUCCCGAGUGCUUUGGCCCCGCCCUGCGCGGAGAGGGGGGGAAUGGUCUACUGGCAGCCAUGAUGGAAGCCAUCAGGAUAUCAGAGGACCCCUGUAGAGACGGGCCCUCCCCUACCUCAGAGGCCAGCAGGACACUCAGUGAGGUGUUAUUGGAGGAUGAGGAAGACGACACUAUUCACAUGGGAAAUGCUAUAAUGACCUUCUACGCAGCCCUCAUAGACCUGCUGGGGCGCUGUGCCCCUGAGAUGCACCUGAUUCAUGCUGGGAAGGGUGAGGCCAUCAGGAUACGAGCCAUCCUACGUUCCCUGAUCCCUAUAGAGGACCUGGAAGGAGUGAUCAGCAUCCCGUUCCCCAUGCCAACUCUGGCCAAAGAUGGGUCAGUGGUAGAGCCAGAUAUGUCAGCGGGGUUCUGUCCGGACCACAAGGCAGCCAUGGUGCUGUUCCUGGACCGGGUCUACGGGAUUGAGGACCAGAACUUCCUGCUUCAUCUGCUGGAGGUGGGCUUCCUGCCUGACCUCAGGGCUGCUGCCUCGCUCGACACAGCUGCUCUGAGCUCUACAGACAUGGCCCUGGCCCUCAACAGGUACCUGUGUACAGCAGUUCUUCCCCUGCUCACUAAGUGUGCCCCACUGUUCGCUGGGACGGAGCCCUACGCCUCGCUCAUAGACUCUCUACUUCACACCGUCUACCGUCUCUCUAAAGGAUGCUGCCUCACCAAGGCACAGAGAGACGCUAUCGAGGAGUGUCUGCUGGCCACCUGUGGUCAACUGAGGCCGUCCAUGAUGCAACACCUGCUGAGACGCUUGGUGUUCGAUGUUCCUCUCCUCAACGAACACACCAAGAUGCCUCUCAAGCUGUUGACCAAUCACUACGAGCGUUGUUGGAAGUACUACUGUCUGACGGGCGGCUGGGGGAGCUUUGGGGCGUCGUCGGACGAAGAGCUGCAUCUCUCCAGGAAGCUGUUCUGGGGCAUCUUCGAUGCUCUGUCUCGCAAGAGGUACGAUCAGGAGCUGUUUAAGCUGGCUCUCCCCUGUCUGAGUGCCGUGGCCGGGGCACUACCACCUGACUACAUGGAGAGUAACUAUGUGGCCGUGAUGGAGAAACAGUCCUCUAUGGACCCCGAGGGAAACUUCAACCCACAGCCAGCAGACACCACCAAUGUGAACGUCCCGGAGAAGCUGGAUCACUUUGUCAGUAAAUAUGCUGAGCAUUCACAUGACAAGUGGUCCAUGGACAAGUUUUCCAACGGCUGGGUUCACGGGGACAAGGUGUGUGAGGCCUCUAAAGUCCACCCUCUCCUCAAGCCCUAUAAAGGGCUGUCAGACAAGGAUAAAGAGUUGUACCGCUGGCCUAUCAAGGAGUCUCUGAAGACGAUGGUGAUGUGGUGCUGGAGCAUAGAGAGGACCAGGGAGGGAGACCCAGCCAGCCUACACAACAGAGCACGUAGGAUCUCUCAGAUCAGCCAGCAACACUCUGUCGAAGGAGCUCCAGGUUUCAGCCCCAGACCCAUCGACAUGAGCAAUGUGACACUGUCCCGGGACCUGCACUCCAUGGCAGAACUGCUUGCAGAGAACUAUCAUAAUAUUUGGGCGAAGAAGAAGAAACUUGAACUAGAAGCCAAAGGAGGAGGGAACCAUCCGUUACUGGUGCCCUAUGACACGCUGACCGCCAGAGAGAAAUACAAAGACAGAGGAAAAGCCCAAGACAUUCUCAAGUUCUUUCAGAUAAAUGGCUACACUGUGUCCAGGGCCAUGAAAGAGCAGGAGUUGGAUACUCCCUCCAUAGAGAAGCGUUUUGCCUACACCUUCCUGCAGCAGCUCAUCACUUACGUAGACGAGGCCCACGAACACAUGCUGGAGUCUGAUGUUGGGACACCACCGGAAGGAGAGAGUGUUCCUCACGAGCAGCAGAUGAAGUUUUUUGGAAAGGUGGUCCUGCCAUUGGUCGACCAGUACUUCAAGAAUCACCGCCUCUACUUCCUGUCCACGGCCAUCCGACCAAUCAGCAGCGGGGGCCACGCCUCCAAUAAGGAGAAGGAGAUGGUGACAAGUCUGUUCUGCAAACUGGGACUUCUUGUCAGACAUAGGAUAUCAUUGUUUGGAAGCCAUGCUACCUCCAUAGUCAACUGUCUUCACAUACUGGGCCAGACACUGGACGCCAGGACGGUGAUGAAGACGGGUCUGGAGACGGUGAAGGCGGCGUUGAGGGCGUUCUUCGACAACGCAGCAGAGGACUUGGAGAAGACUUUAGAGAACCUGAAACAGGGCCAGUUCACUCACAGUCACUCCCAGCCCAAAGGAGUCACCCAGAUCAUUAACUACACCAGCGUAGCCCUGCUCCCUGUCCUCUCCUCCCUGUUCGAACACAUCGGGCAGAACCUCUUUGGGGAAGACCUCAUAUUGGAUGAUGUCCAGGUGGCCUGUUAUAGGAUCCUCAACAGCCUGUAUAGUCUUGGUACCAACAACAGCAUCUACGUAGAGAGGCAGCGUCCAGCCCUAGGUGAAUGUCUUGCAGCGUUCUCGGGGGCGUUCCCUGUGGCCUUCCUGGAACCAGAGCUCAACCAGUUCAACAACUACUCCAUCUACAUCACCAAGGGCUCCCGGGACAGAACAGCUCUAGAUCUGCCCUUCCAGGUAGGAGAGAUGUGUCCAGUCAUCCCGUCCCUGGAGAAGUCUCUGGAGGAGAUCAUGGAUCUGGCUGAGUCCGGCCUGCACUACACGCAGAUGCCUCACGUUAUGGAG